AACCGAUAUAUAGGUAUGUCAAAUGAAUUCAUGGAACGGAACCAGAGGCUGCGUCAAAUCCCCUACAAAAAUUGUCAUUAAAAAUUUGGCGGUUUUACGCGGUAGUGCUUCUACAAUUCAAACAAUUUAGUGAAGAUUUAUUUUUAUAGUUCACCAACUAAAAUGAGUGAUAUUUUUACUGUCAUUGCACCUGUAAACAUAGCUGUAAUCAAAUACUGGGGCAAGCGCGACGAAGAAUUAAUUUUACCGUUAAAUGAUUCCGUUAGUGCCACUUUGGAUACGAGUGUUAUGUGCGCCAAGACUUCAGUCUGUGCGAGACCGGAUUUUAACGAAGAUGAGAUCUGGCUAAAUGGAAAAAAAGAAUCUUUUUCAAACCCACGCUUACAGAACUGUCUCAGAGAAAUUAAAUCGAGAGCCACUGCAGAAAAAACUGUUGACGAUACUUUUCUAUCUUGGAAAGUGCACGUAUGCUCGCAGAAUAAUUUCCCGACAGCAGCAGGUUUGGCGUCAUCCGCAGCAGGCUAUGCUUGUUUAGUUACAGCACUGGCAAAACUUUAUAAAGUAAAAUCUGAUGUGAGCUCCAUUGCUCGCCUCGGUUCGGGCAGUGCUUGUAGAAGUGUAUAUGGAGGCUUUGUGCGAUGGCAUGCGGGUACCAACCCCGAUGGAAGCGAUUCUAUCGCCACUCAAAUAGCUGAUGCCAAACACUGGCCCGAAAUGAGAGCUUUAAUCCUUGUUGUUGGUGAAAGUAAAAAGAAAGUCAGCUCUACUAAAGGUAUGAGAGUAUCAAUGGCAACAUCUGACUUGAUCAAACAUAGAGUAGAAUACUGUGUUCCAAAAAGAACAGAAGAGAUUAUCAAGGCUAUCAAAGAGAAAAAUUUUGCCCAAUUUGCUGAAAUUACAAUGAAGGACAGUAACCAAUUCCAUUCUAUCUGUCUGGAUUCUUAUCCACCAUUUGUCUAUAUGACUGAUGUCUCUCAUUACAUUGUUGAAUUAGUUCAUAAGUAUAAUGAUUUUUGUGGGGAACCAAAAGUUGCCUACACCUUUGAUGCAGGACCUAAUGCCUGCCUUUAUCUUCUAGAGGACGAAGUUCCAACAGUCAUUUCAUUAAUAAAACAUGCCUUCCCUUCGUCUACUCCAGAUAGAUUUAUCACUGGUCUUGAUAUAGAAGAGGGAUCACUCAGUUCAGAGGUUCUAAACAAUUUGGCUCAGCCACAGGCAAAGGAUUUGAUAAAAUAUGUGAUCCAUACUAAAGUUGGCGAAGGGCCAACCGAGGUGAACAGUGGACAUCUGCUUUCAGAGGAUGGUUUGCCUGUCGAACUGUAGUACAUAUAUAGUGAUCUAUCAUAAUAUUUAGUAUUACUAACAGCAUACAAAUCAUGUUUCAUUAAAACCAUUAGUCUAAGUGUUGGAAGAUAUUAUUGGAUGGAGUUUUAUAAAUAGUGUGUUUUGUAAUCCCCUUUGGUUUAUUUAAAAUAAACAUUAUGGUGUAAUUUGACAAGAUUCAUUUCAUAAACAAUCUUGUAGCAUGAUGUAAUACAACAAAUUAGUAUUACCCUUACCAAUAGUGGCAGUAUUUUGUUGGUGUUUAAUACUUUAUGUAAAACUGACCAAUACAAUAUCUACUGUAUGAAAAAUAACAAGAUUCAUAAAUUACCAAUCAUGUCUAAAUUCUACAUGACAUCUACUUUUGUAAAUUGCCUGUUUUCCAAGUGUAUAGGUAUAAUGAUAUAUUUAUCUUGGAUGUGAUUGUUCAAAUAGGAAGUAAGCUUACAAUUUAUUUGUAUGUUGAAUAGAAAAUGAAUAAUUUAUGUAUGCAUGGCCUCAUAACAUUCCAUCACAAUCUGUGGCAGGAAAUGUCUUGAAUAUUUUAUAUUUUUGUAUUCAUAGGGAAAAGAAAAGGUUUAUGUAAAAAUAUU